AUGGUCGCAUGUUGUGGCCUCACAGCAAGUUACGAUCCACGCAUUGAGACAUAUCUGAGCCGUACUGGCUACUCUGGUGGUGGUGGGACAAAUGUUGCAGAGAUCGCAAAAACUUUGUUCAAUAUGACAUUCAGUACCUUGGACGAAGAGCAGCGCCAGAAGGUGAUAACUACCCAGGAGUUAUCCCAAACUUGGGAAAACAAACACCAUCUUGUCCCACCUGCAGUCUAUUCCCGGAGAUGUACCAAAGAAACUCUUGACCUUUCGCCUCAUCUUCCUCUCCCUUGCAAUGAAUGUUUGACUGUCUACAAAUCGCGUGCCUUCAAGAAUGCUAUUCGUCGACAGAAGCCAUCUGCCAAGAAUUAUAUUCAUACCAACCACAGAUUUCGGCCUAAAGUACUGGGUGAAAUUUACGCUCUUAGUGUUGGGACAAAGGAGCUCAUAGAAGAGCAGUCCAAAAAGUCACCAUUUGUCCGCUAUGCGCUCGGUGUACUCCAAGGGAAAUAUGAUGAUAAAGUCUUUGAAGGCUUGACGAAGGCCAUGCUCAUUCGGAACGAAAAGGAAGAGAAUGGUAUUGGAUUGCAAAACUUCAAAUAUUCACCUGCCUAUGACGAGUUUACGAACAUUAUGAGAAUCACCAGUCCUUCCGCAUUCCGGGUCCUACGUGAGUGGUUUCCUGCUAGAACUAGCGAGAGCUUUCGGUGA